AUGGAAUUUCUUGAACAACAGGCUAUAGCGACUGCACCCCUAGACUGUCGGCCAAAACUAUGGAAAAGGUAUGUGGAUGAUGUACUGGAAAUCAUCAGAAAGGGACAGGUUCAAAACCUUACUGAACAUUUGAACAAAGUGGAUACUACCGGCAGCAUUCAAUUCACUCAUGAGGCAGAGGAAGAUGGUAAGAUUCCCUUUCUAGACACACUUAUUGUAAGACAACCGGACGGAUCGGUAAAGUUACUUGUGUAUAGGAAGAAGGCUCACACUGACCGAUAUCUUCAGUUUGAUUCUCACCAUCCUUUACAACACAAAUAUAGUGUGAUAAGAACUCUGCUGGAAAGAUGUAACAGUGGUCACUCGAGUGGAGGACAAAAUCAGAGAAAAAGAACAUAUAACAUCAGCUUUAGUGAAAUGUGGGUACCUGAAAUGGGCCAUAGAAAAGGUGGAGAAAGAUAUUAA